CGACGACCACCGAUGGCGAACAAGAAGAAGCGGAGCCGCGUGCAGGCCGCCAGCGCUCCGGUGCCGUCCGAGCAGAAGCCCAAGAAGAAGGCCAAGUUCGCGUUCUCCAAGACUCUCUCGACGGAUGCCAAGAUCAAAGCUGCAGUCGCAGAUGACUCAAAGCCUCAAGAAACAAAGGAGCAGUCCGUAGUGAAAUCAGUUGCAGAAUUUCCGAGCACUGACGGCGCUAAGAAGAAGAAGAAAAAGAAGAAAAACAAAAACGCAGGAGCCGCAACAACAAACGACGCUGCUAAGACAGAGAAACCAACAGCAAAUAGCGGCGAGAUCGACGAUCUGUUUGCGUCACUGAAGACGGAGAAGCAGAAGAAGAGCAUCGCUGAACAGCAGCAGAAGCUCGCCGAAGUGGAGGAAGAACGUCGUGAAAAGAAAGAAAAGGAGCAACUACAGCAACAGAUCAAGAAGCUCGAGGCGCAGAGUACGUUGCUAUUAUCUUGGUGACAUUAACGUGGUUGUUUGACACCCAAUUGUCUAUUUCACAGACACAAACUCCACUGCCGUUGGGCUCAACCCGGAUCCGCGACCUGUUCGCUACGAUGAGGAUGGACUGCCCAUUUACACGGAGGCUUCGCUGCAGAUCGGCAAAGGCGGCAACACCAAGGAUUGCCCAUUCGACUGCUGGUGCUGCUUCUAAAAUAACUCCAACAAUCGCAAAUUUCAAUUUUAGACCAAUCAAGUACCGUUAUUUUGCUUUUCCCGCCAUAUUCCAACCAGU